CCACCACCCCCUCCACCUCCACCACCUCCACCUCCACCACCACCAUCGCUACCCCCCCAUCCUCCGCUUCCCCUCACCGAUCGCCUUUACUACUACGCCGCUCGAUUCACAAGUACCAAAAUCUCCAACUCUCAAUAUCGCGACAGCCAGCUCGUAACCGAAACCCACCUGGACUAUCCCAACAGUGACGCCGAGCCACCGCCCCCGCGACCGCGACCCCCCGAACCUCAAGAGAUGCGAAUGCGCACCUCUCUUGAGCUACCACAAUCACCUUCGCCGUCCCCGCCACUACACCGCAGCUUGGGAAUGCAAACCUCGCACAAACAACCAUCGCUGCCGCUGAAUCGAAUGAUGCAUCUGCCCACACCGCCCCCCUCCUUCUCGUCGGAGACCGACUGCUCGCCGCACGAUGCGACCAGUGGGUCGGCGCUCUGGUCCAGCUCGACGCCAACCAACAGAUCGCACGACGACUUGCGAUCAUCACCCACACCUAUGCGCCUGCCGCCACUCUCGGACCAGGAGGUCGCCCGUCGCCACCUGCGACUGUCCAUGUCGCCGGAACCCGACUUUCCUCGACUGCCGCCGCCUGGCUCCAAUCGCGCGACUCCGGAUAGAGAGAUGGGCGGCCGCGACUCGAGGGAGUCGUCGCCGGCUACGGGGCGGACUCCGUCGCCAGACCCCUUUGACGGCGAUCGGAGUAGGAGCAACUCGCCGGAAGACACAAUGCGACCGCCACCGCUGCGGGCGCUGACGGAACAGAACUUGAACGCCAAGAACCAUCAUCGUGCGGGCUCCAACGGCGCGCGCUCCGUCAUGUCGGCGUAUGAUAUGAUUACGAGCUACAUUGGAAGCGACGGAAACCCGCAGCCGAAUAAGCGCCGAGGGACGUCGACUGGGUUCCAGCCGAACGCGGGACUGUCGAAGCCGAUCACGCCGAGCUUUAUCAGGGACUACAACUCCACUACAUCCGUACGAAACCGACGGGCGAGUAAUGCGCGUGACUUGUCGCCGGAGAUUGAGGACAACAGGAGAGAAGAGGGACAGGGGUCGCGCAUAUUCCAGGGCAGCUUGGUGCUGUCGAAUACCUACGGGAGUGACGGAACGGCGACGAGCCAGUCGGGGGAUAUGUUGCGCAUGAGCGAGCUGUCCCGACAGCGGCAGGCAAUGGGUUGGAACUAUUGUGCCCAAAUCCCCGAAAGCCGUGUUCGCCAUGAAAUCAUCACCUCCCCGACCGCGUCAUUGACCCAUGAAGGAAAGGAAUCUCUGUCCACAGUUUACUACAAGGAGUUUUCGUCACAGAUCGAUGCAUUCGCGCGGAACCUCAAGAAGCCAGUCGUCACGUUUGUGCUCGUCAUGAUAAUACCAGUGCUAUUAUCGCUGGGAACAUCACUUUUCACUGGAUCGCGGAGCACUGUGGGGACGAGUAACUCGACAUUCGGCGGCAACAUCGAUUUCCCGACGCUCAUGAGUAUCGAGGCAUCAUUCGAGCGGGUGGUGGACUCCGCGGCCGGUGGUUCGGAACUCGCGCGAUCGCUAAAACAGAGCGAGAUGGCAGUAGCGGACCUCAGCACGGUAGUCAAGUACUCGGAUCUCAACUGUCGCGAGACAUUGAGCACGCGGUUGGAGCAAUUCGCCAUCGACGCACGCGACAACGUAGUGGGGCUGCUGGAGUUUUCCGCAAAAGUUGGGGGAGUUCUAGACGAGCUACUGUCGGUGAACCAAUACGCGCUGCGCGAAUUGACGUCAUUACACAUGGAGCGUCUCGAGGGCCGAAAGACACUGCUGCAGCGCAUACCCUUCCCGUGGCCGCUCUCGUCGCUCGCGCCGUCGCCCGCCACCAUCGCCCGCGCACGCCUGGCACAGACAUUCGACACGGCGGUCGAAGUGCUCGAAACCAACCUGCGGCUACUGAUCGCGCACGGCACGAUAAUACAAGCGGGGUUGAUGGGGCUAUCGCAGCAGAACGGGCCGAUCCGCACGGAGAUCGUGCGGGAAUUCGCCGACAUACGCCGCGGCGAGGCCGAGGCCAUGUCGUCGCUGUGGGCGCGCAUCAGCACGCACUCAUCGAAGCGCCAAAACUUUAAGGAGAACGAGCGCCUGCUGCGCGAAAUCAACGUGUACCACGAUAAGGCGCGCGGUUACGUCGAGGUUACCCUGCUAGAGCUCGGACGCAUGACGAGCGAGCUCGAUAAUCUCCGCCGGAGAGUCGCGCAGCCCCUCCUCGUCGAACGGAAGACCCAGGAUAUAGGCAUGCAGGAUCAGGUCCAUGCUAUACAGGGCAGCGUCGAUGCCCUCCUCAAGAAACGAGGCGAUAGAGAUGAGAGGCAGCGCAUGUGGAAUCGGAUUAUUUUGGAGGGCGCGGUGCGCGGUCAGGAGGGGGGGACCGUCGAGGGCCCGAGGUUUUGACAGCACAGCACAUAGGCUGAGGUUGUUGGGCCGGGGGGAGGGGGGUGGAUAAGGGUGGAUAAGAGUGGAUAAGGAAGAGCCAGGGUGAAUAUGCGGGGAG